AUGGGACGGGAUGGGAAGGGAGGUUUCCUGUCUCCAUUUAUAUCCACUUCAUCAGUCGUAGAAUCAGGCGAGAGAUGCACUGAGGCCAGGAGCUCGGCAGGCGGAACUGAGGCCAUGCCAGUCACCGUGCCCAACCCUUUCGAUGAAGACACCCCCUUGGACCGUCCUUCCCCUGAGGGGGGUAAUCCAUUCCUGGAGGAUGAAGUGGAGGGGAAAAGAGAGCCGUUGGGUUCAGAUGCCAAGCGCAGAGGAACAUUGGAAAAGAUUGCUAAUCUUUCACCAUUCUGGAAAGGAGGGAAAAGCCUUCUGGGGGUCCUCGGGGCCCCUGAGAAGAGGCGGGGAAGGCGCAAGUCAGAAGAUGUGAGCCUUUUAUCAUUGGGGCGCAAAAAAGAUGGAGCAGAAGAGGAUGGCGGAGGCCCCGGAGGAGGGGGGGUAAAACGGCUGUCCUUCCUAUGGCUUGGUGGAGGAACCCCAGGGAACCGCUCUCAGAGGGAAUCACUGGUGGAAGUGGUUCCGGAGAAGAAUGAAGUCAUCCGGGAACCAGAGAAGGUCCGGGAACCCCUCUCAGUCCUGGAGAUCCUACGUCUGGUCCAGCAGAGGGACCUUCGAUCGGCCGAUCAGCACAUCAUGGAAUUGGAGGCGGAGUGUGAUGGACAGGUCAGUCCCGCGGGUGUGAAGAGUCCCGGCAGACAGGCCAAGGAUGUGACCCUCCUAUAUGAGGCCCUGAUGAAGGAAAUGUGGGCCGUGGUGGACGAGUCUCUCGGCUAUAAAGGAAAACACCUGAAAAUCGAUGAAGUGAUCGGCGUUAUCCAGCAGGAAGAGGCUCGGGAGGGUCCUCCGGGCCCCAAAAACAUGAGGGGCCAAUGGGUGGACGCCGUGGGCCGCAGUGUGGAGCAACGGUUAAAGAAGAACCUUGAGGGGAAAAUGGGCUCCUUGCCGUCUCAGGCCGACAGGAUGAAGAGGACGGUGGUGGAGGACCUGACCGCAGUCAAGAACUACCUGGUGUGCGCUUAUCCCAGAGACUUUGAGGUGUUCCGGAUUUACCUGUCCGCCUACCACAGAUGUACAGCCGAGUGGCUGAGUGCCGCUGCCCAACGCAGUCUGGAGACCAACGACAUCUACUUCAUCUUAGACUUCAAUAGUAACAUCUACUGCAGAGACGUCUUGUCCCGGCAGGAGAUCUCUCCUCUGGUUAACCCCUCGGAGCUCGGGCCUCUGUUGUCCAGGGAGAUGCGGACUGCGUUGGAGCAGCAAUACACCAACCUGGUUCAGAACCGCGUGUCACAGCGGCUGGAGGAGGAGCUGAGGGUGGAGCAAGAGCGCUGGAAUCACGACUUCCACAAUGACGAGUUUGUGUCCAACUUCAGCACCCGCAUCAUCCAGAUCAUGAAGUCACACGUGGACCGGGCGCCGCUCAUCAAUGAAGGAUUCGGGAUGAUGGUUUCCCACACCUGCCUGAGCUGCUUCCUGGAAUUCUUACACAGCUUCCAUAAGACGGUGGAAAGAAUCUACUCCGAGCAAGAUGGACCGAUGGGGACCACAGACAACUUUAUCUGCCGCAUCACCAAUAUUGUCAACUGCUGUCCGCCAUUCCGGGAAUUUGCCACUCGGAUGGGCCAACUGGAUAAAACACAAGGGGCGGAGCUUCUGCACCAAUCUGAGGGCACUCUGGACCGUAUUGUUAGCCUUGGAACGCGAGGGAUUUGUGACUUGGUGCUUCAUGAUCUGAAGCCAUUUUGCCGGAAGCUUCUGGGCCGCCGCUGGCUAAGUAACUCGGAUGUGUGUGAUGGGAUUGUGUCCGGUCUAGCGGAAUAUGUGGUCACUCUUCGUAGGCUGAGCCUGGGGCCCUACCAGGCCACAGUGUCCGAGCUCCACCGCCGCGUCCUCCUGGAGUAUGUGCGACCUCUGAUCCAGGGCAAGAUGUCCUGCACCACCUCCAGGACCAGAAAGAGAGCCGCCAGCAAACUGAGAGAGGAAAACCGACACAUUGUACAGAUCUUUAACAAGCUGGAGUCUCCACAAGCUGUGCUGGACCAGGUCAUCCCCCGACUCACAGAGAUUUUGGUUCUGGAAGACACGGCGUCCAUCCAGAUGGAGGUGGGAAUGUUGGUGUCGGACUUUCCAGAUUUCAGGAAACGCCAUCUGUCCUCCCUCCUCGAUGUCCGGGGCUUGUGGGAUCCAACUGAGCGCCAUCAGAUUCUGGGUGUUCUGCAUGACUUGGAAGGGGCAGAUGCACUUCCGCCAUGUCGAGGAGCUGCGGGCUUCUUCUCGGAAAUCUCCAUUACACAUGAUACUCAUUGCAUCCAUGUCAGUCUCUCAAGAGCCUCACAGUUUGGCCGCAGAACAUUACGUCUCUUCAGCAGGCGCAGGAGGAUUACGUCAAACCAUGUUGGAGAUGGACCGUCUCCGGGAGAAGAGGACACUCAGCUUUAGAAGAUAUCUUGUUGAAUUGGACAUGUUGGGUGUGAAUAAUAUGAGGGAACUGAGGAAUCAAAAUGAAGGGAAUUCAUUGAGAAAUCCAUUUAUCUUGCAGUAUAUUGUACAUUUCAUGUGGUUCAGAAGACGGGUUCUCUGGGGGAGCAGCGAGAAAUUGGAGGUCAUUAGGAAGAUGGGCCUCUCCAUACUCUUGGGAAGUUGAGGAUCUCCAUAGUCACUGGAAAUUGGGGGAUCUCAGUAUUCUUAGAAAGUUGGGGUAUCUCCGUUUGCUUAGAAAGUUGGGGAUCUUUUUACCCUCAUUAAGUUGGAGGAUCUCAGCACUCUUGGUAAGUUGGGGAAUCUUAGUUUUACAGUACUCUGGGGGAUCUUAGCUCUCUCGGGAAGUAAGAGGAUCUCAGUUCCUCUGGGAAGUUAGGGGAUCAGUUCCUCUGGGAAGUUGGGGGAUCAGUUCCUCUGGGAAGUUGGGGGAUCAGUUCCUCUGGGAAGUUGGGGGAUCAGUUCCUCUGGGAAGUUAGGGGAUCAGUUCCUCUGGGAAGUUAGGGGAUCAGUUCCUCUGGGAAGUUAGGGGAUCAGUUUCUCUGGGGAUCAGUUCCUCUGGGAAGUUAGGGAAUCAGUUCCUCUGGGAAGUUAGGGGAUCUUAGGGUCUCUUGACUCACUAGAGAGAGUUGGGUAAUUUCAGUUCUCUAGGGAAGUUGGGGGACCUCCGUACUUUUGGAAAGUUGGAGAUCACGAUUUUCUUGGGAAGUUUUGGUAUCUCAGAUCUGUUGGGAAGUGGUGGAUUACAGUACUCUUGAGAAUCUGGGGGAUCAAAGUUCUCUUGGGAAGUUGGGGAUCCCAAUACUCCUAGGAAGUUGGGGUGUCUCAGUUUCCUGGGGAAGCCGGGGCAUGUAGCUUCUCUCACAAUGUUGGGUGAUCUCAUUUCACUCAGGAAUUGGGGGGAUCUUAGUUAUUAGGGGACGUUUAGGGAUCUCGGCUAUCUUGGGAAGUUGGGAAAUCUCAGUACUUUGGCAGUUGGGGAAUCUCGGCUCUUUCAGGAAGUCGGAAGGGUUUUAUUAAGGUAAAUGGGCAGUAAAUGUGACACUGCCCUGCCUAUCAUUUACUGGUUAGGAAAGUUCCGGAAUCUUAGGCCGGCCUGUAUACAGUGCCUCAAGAUCUUUGCAGCUUCAAAUGAACCCAGGCCUGUUUUUUGGCCAACCCUUGCCAACUGUUACAUGCAUUAUUCCAUAGGCAGUUAAGGCUCAUAAAUGUGACAGUUGAAUGUUGGGGGGGGGGGGGGUUAGUUCCAGGAGAGGUGAAACGUAAUCCUAAUUUGGUGAUAAGACACAACUUGGUCCUAUGAUUUGAGGUCUUCCUUCUUUUGUACACAUUGGUGGGCAGGACAGGGGCACCAGAAGGUGGGAAGUGUGGAGGGUUCUGUGAAUGUCUCCAGAUCUUCUGUGCAAAACAUAAAGAAAGGCUUUUGCCUUAUCCGUGUAUAUAAAGUAUAUAUGGAGAUAAAGUAAUAAUAAAUCUUAAUUUAACAAUU